AGCAUGCAGCUUUAUCUAAUAAACGAAAAGAGGAGACAAUAACCCUGGACUAUCCUGCCAAGUGCAUUGACCAAGGACACAAUGAUGAUAAUAGUUUUAUGGCUUGCAGGUAUCGAACCAGCAACCUUCCGAUUAUUAUCUGGGCCAAGCUUCAAGUAAAGAGAACCCAUAGUGGCAAUACCCUUAUAAAUAUAACCACACACUUUCCAGUUUAAUCCUGUCUAAACCUACUUUAACACUCACAUAUUUCUACUUCAAUGUAACAUUGCUCUACUACCACAACUCUGUAUUUAUUUACUGAUGCUAAGCGUGACUUUUAAAUACCUGCUAUUUUUACUGCACGGUGGUUUCUGGUGGCUUCUGUGUUUCACCUCCACUCUUUAGGCUUUUUAAGUAACUUUAAACAUGCCACGAUGAAAAUGUAGACAAUAUUUAGGCCAUCUAUGUCAUCAAAAUGGUAUUUGUGAGAUAUAAAGAGAGAACUGUAAACAAUAAAAAACGAUCGAACCUUCAAUCACAUUUUUACAAUAAAUUAAUUAGAAUUAAACACCACCGUCAGUGUAGCCUGUUUUCUCAUUGGUUGCAUCGGGGUGGGGCCAACAUACCUUCUUUAUAAUUGGUCUAUCAACUUGUUACGAAAAUACAAUCUAACGAGGCGAUUGGUGGAGGGAGGAGACGCGGAACAGGGCGGACCAAGGAGUGGAGUUCAGAUGCGGAAUUAACAUAUCCGCUGCACCCUAACCGGACUAAACAUGGCGAGCACCGAGAGGAAAAACAGGGCUUUGGAAAACUUUCCAACACCAGAAGCAACUGUAUCUGACCAGCCGGGCGCGAGAUGGGGUCCACAGCACGCGGGCGCUCGAGAGCUCGCGGAAUUGUACUCGCCAGGAAAAAGAUGUCAGGAAUGGAUCAGUGUGAUACUUUGCUUUACCCUCAUGGCCUUCAACUUCUGUUACCUGGUAACAUACUUCCACCUGGGACACUCCUGGUACAUCCUCUUUAGCAUAGUGGCAGGAAUCCUGACUGCAGACUUUGCCUCUGGUUUGGUCCACUGGGGUGCUGACACAUGGGGAUCAGUGGAUCUGCCCAUCUUUGGGAAGGCCUUCAUUCGACCAUUUCGAGAGCACCACAUCGAUCCAACAGCUAUAACGCGCCAUGAUUUCAUAGAGACAAAUGGUGAUAAUUGUAUGUUAACCAUCAUCCCUCUGGCUAACAUGGCAGCAAACUUCAUGAUGCUCUCACCAGCGGAGAUCUAUCGGAACUACCCCUGGUACUGUUACGUCUUUGCUUUAGCCAUUUUUGUUACAUUGACCAAUCAAAUCCACAAAUGGUCGCACACAUAUUUUGGGCUCCCAAUCUGGGUGACGUUUCUUCAGGACUGUCACAUCAUAUUACCACGGAAACACCACAGAGUUCACCAUGUUUCACCUCAUGAAACCUACUUCUGCAUUACCACAGGCUGGUUGAACUAUCCUCUAGAGAAAUUGGGAUUCUGGAGGAACUUAGAAGAUCUGAUCCAGAGCGUGACAGGAGAGAAACCCAGAUCAGAUGACCUUAGAUGGGCCCAGAAAACCAAGUAAUCUUCCUCUGCCAUUGACCCACUUCCCCUACCUCAGAGCUGAUAAUAAGAGAACAAUCUUUUUUUUUUUCUCUGUCUAUUUGUCCUCCCUCAGACAGAACAAGUGUAAUGGAAAGAUAUCAAAGCCCAACUUUGAAAGCCAUCUGCUCUUAGAAACGGAAUUGACAAAGCGAUUGAAAGCAAUAUUUCACCCUGCUCACACUCUUCUUCAUCCUUUCUGGGUGCAAAGCAUCCAGAUCCUUUUUGAAAACUUGAGACUUCUGUGUAUUGUUUAAAACUCCUUUAAGUGCAAAAAACAAAUGAAAAUUCAAAAGGUCAAUACUUGAACAAUGUGGGCUCUUUUCUGGACAUUUUCUCCUCAUCUUUCUCCUGCUCUCAAAACUUUGCUGACUAGCUGGCCUCUGCACUCUUGUGUUUAGCCUUUGGGACUGAUCUUUCUUGCUCUCAUCCUCCUCUUGUUUGGAGUUAAAGUGCAGUAAACUAAAGGCAUUUCAGCUCUUUGCCACAGAGGGCUGAAAACCUGUGUCUUCAUCAGUUGCUUGUGUCCAACUGGACAGCUGCAUGAUAUGCAGUCUUACUUCAAUACGCCUUAAAAGAUGAAUCACAGUUUGCUUCGCCUCAUUACAAUUAAACAUAUCUUUUCAUUAUUAAUCAUUUUCUUUUGAAGCACAUUUGCAAAUUCAGAGGUGCUGUAAGCAGUCAGCUCUUUACCAAGAUGCAUUGUUAGAAGUAUUACCAGGUAGGUCAAUAUUUAAGCCAUUAGUGUUUCGGUGUGAAUAAGCCAUGAGAGCAAUGUUAAUGUUCAUGCUGCUUGACAGUGACAUGUAAAUAACGAAACCUAAUGAUAUGCAGAAAAGGCCUCUGCGAUAUCAUAUGUAUACAUUUUGUAUUAACUUCACCUUAGGAAAGGUGGAUGCGAGCAUGACUAGCUGACUGACACUAAAUAAAACUUUCACUCUACAGCUGGGUUUUAGGUUUGCAUACAUUGUUACAUAACAGAUGCCCUGUGUAGUUAGUUCGAGGAAAGACAUUUAACUUUCAGUUGAACACUAGCAUGUUAAAGGGAUAGUUCACCCCAAAAUGAAAAUUCUAUAUUGAUUAUAUAAAAAUUUAAAUUCUAGAAUCAGUCACCAUUCACUUUCAUUUUAUGCAAAAAAUUAUGCAAUGAAAGUGAGUGAUUACUGUUGCUAACAUUCUGCCUAACCUUUCCUUUUAUUCACAUAAGAAAGAAAUUCAUACAGGUUUAGAACAACAUAAGGGUGAGUAAAUGAUGACAGAAUUUGCAUUUUUGCGUGCAAUAUCCAUUUAAAUCACAGCUCCUAGAUCUUAUUUAAUAAUAGUUUGAAAUGUUAGAGGCAGUUAUUGCAUGACAGGCAGUUAUUGAAAAAGACAGACCUUACACCUACUAACUGCUUAUAAUAAAUUAAAUGAUACACAUUUUUCAUUAUAAAGCUGCAAUGACAAUGGACUAGCAAAAGGCUGUUUUACUUGAUUAAAUCAUAUUUUUCAAUUAUAAGAAAUGAGUCUUUCGCUUAUGGAAAAAAUAUAUUUGCUUUAAGUAUGAGUGUCGCUAUUCAAGUAAUGUAGAUUAGUAUUCAUCUUGUAUGUGGUUACCAUUGUAACACAAUCCUCUUAUAAAGAGUGAGGAAGAAAUGAGUGAGGCUCUGCACUUCGAGAACAUGGUUGUGCCAUUUUUUAUUUAUUUAUAUUUUUUAGAUUUUUUAAUUGGUUACUUUGUUUCUUACAGAAUGUUAUAUGAUUAAAUGUUACACUGUGUUUACACCAAAUGAUUUUAUCAGUGAAACAUUUUCUGAUCGUAUCCCCCAAAGCUGUAAAAAUACAAAAAAACAACUAAAGUUAUAGUUUAUUAGGCUCUCUGCUUGUGUGCAUUUUCAUGCCAAACAUUGAAAACAUUGUUACUGUCUGCAGCAAUGUGGUGAUUUGUUUCAAUAAGUCAAUAUGGUGAUAGGGAAUGUUUAGAUACGUAGGUCAGCUUCUCAGAAGGUUAGAGAAAGUGUUUUAGAGAGCAUAUUCUUUUGUCAGAGUUGAUUAACUGUUGUAACAGCCAGAACUAUUAAAAAAAGAACAUGAGAACAUGAAGUGUUUUGAGCUUAUUCAUAAUGUGUCGUUACAUUUUCUUUUCCUCUUUUCUAAAUUCAGGAGGAUUUCUUCAGUGGAAUAUUAUAGUAUUUUUGACAGUUGACUAACAGCUUCUAUAUUUCUAUGCUAAUAUGAGAUGCCAAAUGUAUUUUUGCUCAGCUAAUAAUAGAUCUGUUGUGGUGUGUUUGGUGAUAAGAAGACUCUCCAGUGGAAAUUUUCUCUGUACAGAGAACUGGAGCUUAAACCAAUUACUUUGAUUUUGCAGACUGUUAAAUUUUUUUCAUAGGGUUCCAUUGGCUUCCAUUUAAUUCUGAUCGAUGCAUUCGUUUUAUUAUGACAUCGUUAUUUUCUCCUACAUUCUACACUUGUGGAGGAUCAUAUACAGUUGUGCUCAAAAGUUUGCAUACCCUUGGAGAAUUGGUAAUAUAUGUACCAUUUUUAAAGAAAACAUGAGUGAGCAGGCAAAACACAUUUCUUUUAUUUCUUAUGGGAUUCAUAUUCAACUGUAGGUUAUAACAGAAUGGAACAAUCAUAAAACAAAACAUGGCAACAAAGAAAAUGAAAUGACCCCUGUUCAAAAGUCUGCAUACCCUUAGUUCUUAAUACUGUGUAUUGCCCCCUUUAGCAUCAAUGACAGCGUGCAGUCUUUUGCAAUAGUUGUCUAUGUGGCCCCAAAUUCUUGCAGGUGGUAUAGCUGCCCAUUCGUCUUGGCAAAAUGCCUCCAGGUCAUGCAAAGUCUUUGGUUGUCAUGCAUGAACUGCACGUUUGAGAUCUCCCCAGAGUGGCUCUGAUAUUAAGGUCAGGAGACUGUGAUGGCCACUACAGAACCUUCACAUUUUUCUGCUGUAUCCACUGGAGGGUCAACUUGGCCUUGUACUUAGGGUCAUUGUCGUGCUGGAAAGUCCAAGAGCGUCCCAUGCGCAGCUUUCAUGCAGAAGAAUGCGAAUUGUCUGCCAGUAUUCAUCUUGCCAUCAAUUUUCACAAGAUUCCCUGUGCCUUUAGAGCUCACACACCCCUAAAACAUCAGUGAGCCACCACCAUGCUUCACAGUGGGGAUGGUAUUCUUUUCACUAUAGGCCUUGUUGACACCUCUCCAAACAUAGUGCUUAUGGUUGUGACCAUAAAGCUCUAUUUUGGUCUCAUUACUCCAAAUUACAUUUUACAAUUUCAGCUGGGGUAUGCAAACAUUUGAGCACAACUGUAUUUCAUAUCUUUACAUAAAUGUGUUGAAAAUGUGAUGCACUGAUAAUGGACUUCACCAGCUUUAACACAUUUCUGAGCUUUCCUAAUCGUUUAAAAUGCUGUAAGGGGUGGAACAACCAUUGUGAUGUGAUGAAGCAGUGAAACAUUGUGUUCUUCAGUUAUGGUCAUAAAUGGUUGCAAAACUCUAGCAUAUGGAUAUAAAGCCCAUAAAAAUUAGGAUUUUGCUUAAGAAAUUUUACUAGAUCUUUGUGCAGUGUGUAAGGGAGACUGAUGUUGUUGUGAUUGUAUUAUUGAAUAUGCAAGUUUAGAGUGCUAAAGUUAAUUUCUCUGAGACUCCUUCCUUUUCAUGCACAGUACAGCAACAUAGAACUGCCCAUGUGGAUGUGAGGAUAUUGAACUAAUCACAUUGUACUUGCUCAAAAAUAUUGUUUUUUCCUUCAAUAACAGAAGAAGCCAAUUCCUUUGAGAGAAUGUGCUGCAGCUGUUAUUGGGUAAUUUGAUUGAUGACCUUUGGCAUUAAAACUUGUUACUGAAUGUUUGUCCUUAUAGAUUUAUUGGUAGAAGCUUUUUAAAAACACUGUCUCAGUUGAUUUUGCAAUUCAUCUCAAAGUCUCACAUUCUGUAAACUCUUAAGUUUUUAUAAGAUGGCUACUUUAAAAAAAAACAAACAAAAAAAGUAAAAUAACACCUUAAUGCCUUUUUUGUUAUCUCCUCUUUUGGAAACUUAUGUCAUAAAUUUCAUAAUUAUUAUGAAAUUAAUAAAGAAUUCACAAGAUUGUGACCUGA